AUGGUCCUUCCAUCCUAUUCUGCGGUGUCUGUACACCUGCGGCCUGGAGGGGCUGCACCACUACACUCUGCGUACCUCUGCACCAAAACAGAUAAUGUUGUUUUAGGUUCCUUUGCGCUUCAUCGGCAACAAAAAGGAAACGUCUCCCAGGGAAUAUCCAUCAGACAUAUAUGGCAGCAAGCAGCAGCAGCAGCUGCUAUUGCGGCUGCUGCAGAACGCGAUCAAAGGCUACAGCAGCAGCAGCAACAGCCACAGAAACAGCAGCAGGGGGCUGGUAAGAGGAAGGGAGGGAAGGCACGCAUGUCUUCUGCAGGUCGAGCAGCAACAACAACAGCAGCAGCAGCAACAGCAACAGCAGCAGCAAACGUUGCUGCUGAUCCCCGAGCGCUUGAUGGUGUAUAUUCUUCUUCGUUUUAUCUUUCUUUCGUUGCUGCUGCUGCUGCCCACGCGGCCACCCCUGUAGCAACAGCAGCAACUGAUGCGGGUUCAGCACCCCCAGGCCGCACAAGGCUGAGGGGAGCAAAUCAGAAGCGGCAGGCAGCAAUAGAGCGGCUGCUGCGGCUGAGGCCGCAGAUGCUUCCCUCUGUAGCUCGUGUUGCUGCUGCUGCUGCGCGCAUGCAGCCCCGUGGCUGCAUCGACGCAGCAGCAGCAGCACCAGCAGGUGCACAGACACUGUGGCGAGAAGAGCUAGCGACUGUUCUUCGCAACUCUUCUGCUGCUGCUGCUGCUACUGCUGAUAGGGCCUUCUGGAAUGCAUUUGCUGUUGCUGCUGCGGAUGCUGCUGAAGCAUUCACCCCCGCAGAGCUCUGCAGCAUUGCUGCAGCAACAGCAGCAGCAGCAGCAGCAGGAGCACCAGGAUGGAAAGGGCCUAAUGAACGCCAUCAACAGAUGCUCCUAGCGCUACAAGAACAAAUAAGACGGCAUGCCCAUAGCUACACUCUCCCCCAGCUGUUGAUAUCGUUGGAGGCGCUGCAGUCGCUGCAGCGGAUACCUUCUGCUGCGACAGCAGCAGUAUCUGCAGCAGCAACAGCAGCAACAGCAGAAACAGCAGCAUUUGCUGCAAUUUCGGGAGAGCCAGGGGUCAAGAAGAAAGCAGCAGCUAUUGCGGCAGCAGCAGCUGCUGCAGGAGAUCUACCUUUUCUGCUGCAGCGCAUCGAGGGAACCCUGCAUACGAAGCUGACACAAGCAGCACAGCGUGCUGCUGCUGCUGCUGCUGCUGCACCAGCCGCUGCCACUGCGGUUAAGCAACCAGCAGCAGCAGGGCAAAAAGAAACAGGUGCAAAAGCAGCAGCAGCAAGGGAAGAGCGACAGCCUGUGUUCUGCAGGUUACUGCUGCGGUGUCUGCGUCUCUAUGCCGCUGCUGAGGUCCCCUGCCCUGCAUUGUUAGAGCAAACGUUUUCUACACUUGCUUCCAGGUGCACUUGGUUUUCUACUGGGCAGCUGGUUGAGCUGGCGGAGUUGCUGCUGCAGCUGCAGCCCCAGGAGACGCCCCCAAGUGACAGCGAGGCUCUGCAUGCACUUAACGCUCGCCUCAUAGCCGAUGCAACAGCAUCUGAGGUGUCUCUGCAGCAGCUGCUGUGUUUGGCUGACACUGAAACAGCAGCAGCAGCAGCUGCUGCUGCUCUCCCCGAUGGCACUCCUUCAAAGGACCAGAAUGCGCUGAUGCUGCUGCAUUGUUUGCUGCAACAGCAGGCGCUUGGCCGACCAGAGUUGCUGCAGCUCCUCCCCACCCUGCUGCAGGAGCUGCAGCAUCAGCAAAAGCAGCAGCAGUACCUGCAGUGGUGCGGCCUUGUGCUGUCAGUCUGUUCUAGCUCGGGGGUGCAGCUGCUAGAGCUGUGGGAGGAGUUGCUAGGCCCACUGCUGCAGCUGCCUGUUGCAGAAGAGCCUGCAGCAGCAGCGCAAGCAGCAGCAGCAGGGGCGCCAUGGGGAGGCUGGCUACUGUCUCGGCCGCUGCUGCAGCACGUGGAAGCAGCAGUUUCUGCUGCUUGCUUUUGUGGUGUGGCUGGUGCUGGUGCUGAGACAUCAGAAGAGAAGAAUGAGCUCCUUAGUGCCGCUGCUUCUGCUGCAGCACACGCAGCAGCAACAGCAGGAGGGUUUUUGUCAUUCCUUCUCCGCAGCAGCAGCAGCAACAGCCGCUGCCUGAGUCAACUGACUGGAGAGUCACUGGAAGAAAUGGCUGUCAAUAUAUGCGGUCUUUACCGAGUGCAAAGUGCCGCUGCAGUGCUGCUCCAUCUGCUGCCGCAGCAACACUCGCUGUCGCAGCAGCACCACGGGCAGCACCAGCAGCGGCAACAACUACAGCAGCAUCAGCAGCAACAACAGCAGCCAGAAGAAGAUUGCACUCAAGCCUCACCUGCUGCAGCAGCAGAGGAUCCAUCCCCAAGUCUUCGUGGGCUCCUUGCUGCGGCGUUCCCCGAGUGGCAGCAACUGCAGCAGCCCACGAUGAACGCGCAGCAACUGCAGGAGGGUGACCUGCAGCAGGAGCUGCAGAAGCAGCAACAAAUGCUGCUUCAGCAGCAGAGCGGACUAGUGUUUGAGCUGUUGCUGGAGUUCGCUUGUCGAGGGUCCCCCAAGAGCUCUCAGGAGCUACCGCCUACGCUACUGCUGCUGCUGGAUGGUUCGGAGGGAGAGGUUACCUUCGAUCCACAAAGCCCUUCAGUACACCCGACGGUUCUCAGCUUCUUGCAGUCUGCAGCACGAGGAGCUGCUGCUCUUCGCAGCAGCAGUGAGAACAGCAGCAGCAUCGACGCGGAUAGCAGCAGCAGUGGGAAUCCCAGCAACAGCAACAGCAGCGCCUCAAACGCUUCGUCUGCACUUGCUGUAGCAGCAGCAGUGGGAAUCCCAGCAACAGCAACAGCAGCGCCUCAAACGCUUCGUCUGCACUUGCUGUACCGAUGGCCCCUAAGCCCUGCAGUAACAGUAGUAGUAACACUUCUGGGGUUGCUGUUGAUUCGUUACUACUGCUGCCUCAGCUGCUCAGCGAGACUUUCUGCAGCAGCAAACCGCUACUUGCAGCACCUUGAAAAGCUGCUGCUGGCAGCUCGCGUGCAGCAGCGGCACAAAGGAGUGAAUCCCCGAACGCUAAGCCCUAAUGCCGAGGCAUAG